GCCGAGACGCGUGACGCCUGCGCGGCCGCCAGCGACGGCCUGCCUCCGCUGCUUGGGCUCUGGAAGUCCCGGCUUCCGCUCAUCGUGGUGCCGGUGCUGGCGGGGCUCCACCGCCACAGCCUGCUGCGCGGGGGCGGUCCGCCCGGCGGCGGCAGCGGCGGCGCGGGCCUGCAGGCCUGCGAGGCGCCCCAGCGGCUCCUGGAACUCCACCUUGAGCUUCCGAAUGAGCUCGCCAGGCAUGACACUGCCGUCCUCGUGGAAGAUGGCCGUGAUCUCGGCGUAUUGAGCCCCGACAGCGCCGACCGACACCUCCACACCAGCGAGAGGAGCUCCGAGAGGUGCCGACACGCUGCCCGCGCCUCCGCGCCCGCGGCGGCGCCGUCGGCGCCGAGGCGCCGGCACGGGCGCCACCUCCGGAGCGCCGACCGCGGCGACGGCUGCCCGCAGCAGCCCCUCGGCCGCACGCGGCAGCCGCACUCCCUCGAGAGAGUGACCGGCGGCCAGGACGCCCCCGGGUUCGCCGAGACUCUGGCAGAAAGAAGGUCGGCUACGCGCGGCGGCGGGCGGAAGGCGAAUUUUAGGAGCAACGGCAUACAGCUGACGGGACUUCUAUACGCCCCUGCGUGCGAGGGCAGGAUGGCAGACUUGCUUCGGCCCGCUCGUCGCCGCGCCCCGCUCCCCAACGAGCAGAUGCCCGGCGCCGCGCGCGCGGUGGCCGUCGCCUCGUGGGACGACCUGGUGCUCGAGGCAGCGAGAUUUGCGGGGAUGGCCCACGCCGUGCCGGCCCGGGCCCGCGCCGCGCUCGUGCGCAUCGCCCCCGCCGUGGCCGUGGCGGUGGCCGUGGCCGUGGCCUGCGCCGCGGCCGUGACCGUGGCCGCGCUCGCGGCCGUGGCCGUGGCCCGGGUGGUGGCCGUGAUCGCCGCCGAGGCAGCGGCAGUGGUCGGGACCACGGCGGUGGCCUGGCCCAGAGAUUGCGAGCGGGAGAGCGCCGAGUUGGCCCGCUGGACCGACCUUCCUGCGCUGCUGCGUGAUUUCCCUGAUCGUGCUAUGGCACGGAGUGUGGUCCGCACGGUGGCCUUCCGAGACGGUCAAGAGUCGAGAUGCCAGCUUCGUCCAGGCAUCGCUGGUGCGAGGCCUGGAAGACGGCCCGACAGAGCCCAGCAAUGCUGCCUCCACGAUCAUCAGAUCAUGUUCUUGCCCGCGCAGCGCCAGGGCCACUGCCAGGCGAUGGCUUGUCCUGCGCUACAGUUAGGCUUACCGGCGCGUGACCUGAUAUCGUAAUGGCGGAACAGCGUUGCGUUCUCCACCGCUCAGCGAGGGGA